AUGGCUCAAGCACUCCCCACCGUACCUGAUCGUAAUGACUUUGUUCCAACAAUGGAAGAGUAUGUCCAGGAGCACCGCAAGAUUCUAGAUCGAAUCGUCAGCACUGUGAAACCCUCUGAUGUCUCGUUUGAGAACGUCUUGCUCCCAAUUGGCCAGCUCGAGAACGAAUACGGCGGCCGAAAAGCAGUGAUUGAAGCGCUGCGGUAUGCAUCACCUGAAGAGGAAGUACAAGAAGAAGUAGACGUGGCUAGGAAGGUUCGACAGAAGUACAGCAAUGAAGUCAGCGAACGGAUAGACUAUUACGAGCUGCUCCAAGCUCUCAAGGACAAGGGCGAGCUGCAAGAUUUCGAGUCUCGCACAUUUCUCGACAAAUCCUUGCAGAACUAUACAAGCCGCGGGUACGGUAUUGUGGACGCACAAACGAUUAAAACAUUCAAUGAGGUACAGGCCAAGUGCAACGAUCUCUGUGCCGAGUAUAACAAGAACAUUCGCCUGAUGGAUCCUAAAGCCUGCGGUAUUGACUUUACAAAAGAGGAGUUGGAUGGGCUACCUGAAGAUUUACUUUCUCAAUGUGAAGUUCAACCCGAUGGCCGUCUGCGUGUUCCUCUGCAGCAGCAAUAUUCCGGGGCUAUUAAGCAGCAUGUGCACAACGGCGAAACACGGAAACGCAUAAUGCAAGCCUUCAAUUCAAAGCACCCAGAGAACGGGCCACUGUUCCGCGAAAUCAUCCUCCUUCGCGAUGAAAAUGCUCGACGGCUGGGUCUCAAAAGUCGCUGCGAAUUCAAGCUUCCUUACCGAAUGAUAGAGUCGGUAGAAUGGGUGCAGGACCUGUUGGUCAAGCUGUGGAAACCCAUGAGCGCGGAGCGGCGCAAGUUGUUUGACGCACAACUAGCCAAAAAGAGGGAGAUACUUUACAAGGAACAUGGUACAGCUCCUGAAGAGGUUCAGCUUGAGACUUGGGACACUGCGUACUACCAGAAUAUCAUUGACCGUGAAGCAAAAGCCGUCGAUGAGGACCUGGUGCGAGAGUACUUUCCAUUCUUGCACACCUUUGACUACAUGUUGCGCCAGUUUUCAACCUACUUCCAAUUAGCAUAUGUUGAGAUCCCCAAGGAUGAGUUAGUUGGCCACGUCUGGUCGUCGGAUAUCCGGGUCUGGGGCGUAUGGGAUAAACGUCCAGAUCAUAUGGGCGAGUUUAUCGGCUACCUCUACGCCGAUUUGUUCAGUCGCCCCAACAAAUACAAAGGAAAUCAGGCUGUUAACCUCCAACCAGGAUACCUCAAUGCCGACGGAUCGCGCGUCUACCCAGCUACCACCAUCAUGUGCAACUUUGCUCUCCGCGAGAGGCACGGGUGCGCUCUGAUGGCUCAUAGCCAAAUGACUACACUCUUCCACGAAUUGGGUCACUGUAUGCACGAUAUCCUUGCCCGAACUAGGUUCGCUCGCCACCACGGCUAUGCCGUAUGCUUAGAAUUGGGCGAAGCCCUUGCAUCCAUGCUGGAAAACUGGUGCUGGAUCAAAGAAGAUCUCAAGGCUAUGGGAUACCACUAUACGGCCAUCGAUCCCAAGUACAUGGAGGCGUGGAAGGCUGAUCAUCCAGGCAAGAAGCCGCCGCAAGCGAAGCUCCCUGACGAGACACUUGAUUUGCUCAUAUCCGAAUAUCCUCGAUCUAAAAUGGCGCUCUACACAAGCAUAUUGUACUAUUCGCAAUUCGAUCUCGCCGUCCACCACCCGCCAAGCGCCGAAUCCCUGCGCAAUCUCGAUGAAUCACAAACCUUCCGAGACUUGCAUGAGCAGUUUUACUUUGCACAUCCGCCGGAGCCGUUCCACCUCCAAACUGACUUCUCUCACCUUGUGUCAGGCUAUGAUGCUGGAUACUACGUUUAUAUGCUGGCAAACGUGUUCGCUCAGGACAUGUUCAGUGUAAACUUUAGCGAAGAUCACCGCAGCAUCGCGGCGUGGGAUCGCUACCGCCGCGGGUUGCUCGAGCAUGGAGGUAGCCGUGAUGAAAAGCAGGUGUUGAAAGAAUUUCUUGGUCGUACGCCCAAUGAAAAUGCUCUGCUCAAGAGCCUGGGGCUGUCGCAGGCCACGGAUGAUCGUGCAGAAUAG